GCUGAGGGUCACAUUGAACGGGGAGCUGCUUCAGGGGUGUCUUAGGAGUCAGCACCAUGGCAGAAGACAUCAAGACCAAAAUCAAGAACUACCAGACUGCCCCUUUUGACAGCCGCUUCCCCAACCAGAACCAGACCAGGAACUGCUGGCAGAACUACCUGGACUUCCACCGCUGCAAGAAGGCAAUGACUGCUAAAGGGGGUGAUGUCUCCGUGUGCGAAUGGUAUCGGCGUGUGUACAAGUCCCUCUGCCCCAUAUCCUGGGUGCAAGCCUGGGACGACCGCCGGGAAGAAGGUACCUUUCCUGGGAAGAUCUGAACUGGCUCCACUCCAUUUCUCCUCUGUCCUCUGUGCUUCUCCCAGAGUUGUGAAGGGGGACCUGGCUACGUGGUGAUCCCCACCCUGGGAUCCUGAAUCAUGGCUUAAUAAUAAAUACUCGUUGGAAAAGUAAAAAAAAAA